AUGGCUCGUCGUCCAGCGCGCUGCUACCGCUACUGCAAGAACAAGCCGUACCCAAAGUCCAGAUUCAACCGCGGUGUGCCAGACCCCAAGGUGACCUUCCCGAUUCGCAUCUUUGACCUCGGACGUAAGCGUGCCAAUGUCGACGAGUUCCCGAUGUGCGUCCACCUCGUCUCGAACGAGUACGAGCAGUUGAGCUCCGAGGCUCUCGAAGCCGCCCGAAUCUGCGCCAACAAGUACCUCGUCAAGAUCGCCGGAAAGGAAGGUUUCCACAUGCGUGUCCGCGCCCACCCAUACCACGUCGUCCGCAUCAACAAGAUGUUGUCGUGCGCCGGUGCCGAUAGACUGCAAACCGGAAUGCGUGGUGCUUUCGGCAAGCCAAACGGCACUGUUGCCCGUGUCAACAUCGGCCAGAUUCUCCUCUCUGUCCGCACUCGUGACUCUCACCGCGCCACCGCCAUCGAGGCCCUCCGCCGCUCGCAGUACAAGUUCCCAGGUCGCCAAAAGAUCAUCGUCUCGAAGAAGUGGGGUUUCACUCCUCUCAACCGCGACGAGUACAUCGAGAAGCGCAAGGCUGGUGAGCUCCGUGUCGACGGCUGCUACGUCCAGUUCCUCCCUAAGCACGGCCCAAUCGAGUACAACAUGCGACGAUUCCCCGACGCCUUCGAGGCUGAGGCAUAA